AUGCAUAAAUUCAACAUGUAUAGGUACAAUCUAAUUGUCAAAUUGGGAAUACUUCGGUUUAAACCUGUAAAUUCGUUGAAGAAUGUAAGAUUUAGCAGUAUGUCGUUUUACGAAGUUAAAGGACCAAAGCACACUUCUAAACAUGAUUAUACUGGAGAGAUUGAUAGUUGUUCGGUUGAUAAACCAGAUAAUAUAGUAAAAACAGAUACUGUGAUGGGGUUUUUGAAAUCUCCCGAAUAUCAGCUGCUAAAAGCAACAACGCCAACACCUACCGCUAUCUUGAAUUCCUUCUACAAUUACUCCCCGCCCAUCAAAUGUGAAAGUCUGGGAGAUUUCAAGCUGUAUAGAUGGGGUAAUGUUGAAUUGAGUGGUUAUCAUAAAUUAACAGAUUUUUUGUGGUAUCUAGGUGUAAAUAAUGUGAUUGACAAACAAGAAAUUGAGAAAUUCUCACACAAUUUCUCCAUCGCAGAAUUGAGUGUUGAUGAUGCGGUUAGGAUGCUUUUGGUGUUUGAAGGUCUAAACGGGCCGCUAAAUGUAUGUUCACUAGCAAUGUACGAACAUUUAUUUCACGAUAAACCUGUAACGACACAACAGCUGUUGUCACUAGCUUUUGCAUUGGGAAAGGUCAGACAUUCAAUUGAUACACUAACUCUUCCAUUAGUGUCAAUUUUGCAUAAAAAACCCUUGAAAUUGGAUGAAAGGAUCAAACUAUUUCUCGCAGUUUCAAGGCUAGAACCCACAAUAAAUCUCAUUGAAUUUUAUACAUUCAGCACCAAGAAAUUAUCAGAUGAUUGCAAUGAAAGUGAUUUAUUAUUUCAAGUGAUUAAUAUGGAUCGAUGGGAGGAAGAUAUUAGGAAAGAUGGUUAUGUUGACCAAUACAAUCUUACUGAUUAUCCCGUUUCCUUGACUUGCUUGCAAAUACUUCAGCUGAUAAAUGGACUGUCAAACAUUUCUCUGGAGUGGAUAAUUGGAUCUGUGCAUAAGAGGAUCGAAUUGAAACGCCUAUGGAAAUCAAAUUUGGGGGAGGAAAUUAUAUACCGAGACCAAAUGUUUUCAUAUCGCACUCCUUUAGUAGCAUUUUGUAAGAUGCUGCUAUCUAAUUUGAACAAAAUGGAAUUCAAUAUAGUGGGAUUCUAUGUCGUUGAGCGUAAUUUAAUUAAUUUGCCUAUACAUGGAGUGUCAUUAGCCCAUGUACUCAAUGUGAUCGAUGAGGUGGGAAAUCUUGAAGCAGAAAAUUCGCACUUUUGCAACAUUUCAGCUACAACCCACCAACUCAUUCCUUCAUGUAUUUCAGAUAUUACAGAAUUCAUUAAGAUUCUCAAGCAUAAGUAUACAACCGUAGUAACAAUAUUGGAGUCAUUCGUCACAAAUAUGGAGCGAAAAUAUGAUAUAAGUCAGAGCGAUUAUGUGGAUACAGAAUACUAUAAUAUUAAGCAAAAUACUAAUAAAAAUUUGAAUGAUUUGAGCGAAAUAAUAAGAAAGAUGGGGGAAUCUAAUAAGGAUUUGAAGGAUAAACUUACCAAGUCAUUUGAGAAGAUAAAGUAUAUCUCACAGAAAGUUAAUUUGGAUUAA